UAUUUUGAUUAAAGACUCGCGAGAAGAAUGUAUCUCGUUAACUCUUUUUUUUUAUGAGAAAUAUGAAUUAUUUUGUUAUAAACAAGUGUUGUGGGAUUAUUAUAAAUGUAAACAUGCUUUCAAGUAUGUAUAAUGGACGUUAUGAAUAUUAAAAUACAACUUUUUACGGUUGUGUCUGUAUGCAAAGUUGUAUACCUUGUCACACAGCCUUGCUUAUCAGACUCAUUAUCUAUGCAGUCAUGAGAGACUUCUGCAUUCUGUUGACUUUCAGUCUUCCUGCCUACGUGGUACCGACUGCUUCUUACAUAAUCCUAAAAAUGGAGCAGGAGUCCAAAAGCUACAGAAUCGAGAGAGAUACAUUCGGGGAAUUGAAGGUCCCUUCAGACAAAUAUUAUGGCGCACAAACUCUUCGAGCGUUGAUGAACUUUCCAAUUGGUGAUACGUUCGAACGUAUGCCGUGCAGGCUGAUAAUGGCUAUGGGUAUAUUAAAAAAAGCUGCCGCAGAAACGAAUAAAGAAUAUAAUCUGGAUCCCAAAGUUGCCGAUGCCAUUAGUAAGGCAGCAGAUGAUGUGAUAAGUGGAAAACUGUAUAACGAUCACUUUCCCUUAAUUAUUUGGCAAACUGGAUCUGGCACACAAACCAACAUGAACGUCAAUGAGGUUAUUGCCAAUCGUGCGAUUGAGAUACUCGGUGGCGAGCUUGGCUCGAAGAAACCUGUACAUCCAAACGAUCAUGUUAACAUGUCGCAGAGUAGCAACGACACAUUUCCAACAGCUAUGCACAUAGCUGUCGCCUUAGAGAUUCAUAAAGUGUUGAUUCCAGGCUUAGAAGAGUUACACAAAGCAUUGAAGGAAAAAGCGAACGAGUGGAAAGAUAUUAUUAAAAUUGGUAGAACACAUACCCAGGAUGCGGUACCAUUGACAUUGGGUCAAGAAUUUUCAGGAUACGCUACGCAGAUCGAAUAUGGUAUUAAGAGAGUGAAAGAUACACUUCCAAGAUUGUAUCAAUUAGCUCUCGGCGGCACGGCGGUCGGGACUGGAUUAAAUACGCGGAAGGGCUUUUCGGAAAAGGCAGUUGCGAAAAUUGCUCAGCUGACUGGUUUACCAUUUGUCUCCGCUCCAAAUAAAUUUGAAGCUCUGGCCGCGCACGAUGCAAUCGUCGAAGUACACGGUGCUUUUAAUACGGUGGCUGUUUCUCUUAUGAAAAUUGCAAAUGAUAUUAGAUUUCUUGGAAGUGGACCUAGAUGCGGUUUAGGAGAAUUAUCUCUUCCGGAAAAUGAACCUGGAAGUUCUAUUAUGCCUGGGAAAGUAAAUCCCACACAGGCCGAAUCGAUGACCAUGGUGUGUUGUCAAGUAAUAGGCAAUCACGUGGCAAUAACUGUCGGUGGUAGUAACGGCCACUUCGAACUUAAUGUCUUUAAACCAGUUAUGGUUGCAAACACUUUGAGAUCUGCAAGAUUGUUAGGCGACGGCUGCUCUUCGUUCACCAAAAAUUGUGUCGUGGGCAUUACACCGAAUAUUGACAAUAUAAAAAGGAAUGUGAAUGAAAGUUUGAUGCUUGUCACAGCAUUAAAUCCACAUAUCGGUUACGAUAAGGCUGCUAUGAUCGCAAAGCAUGCACACAAAGAAAAACUUACACUGAGAGAAUCUGCAUUAAAACAUGGAUUAACGGCGGAACAAUUCGAUCAAUGGGUUAGACCCGAACAAAUGCUUGGCCCGAAAUAAUUUCUAUGUUAAAAAGAUAUUUAAUAGAAAUAUAUAUGAAGAA